AGUCGACUGUCUUGAAUCUUCUGUCAUCCUGAUUUGAACUUGUUUGUCGACUGUUUUCUGAAUUUUCUGUCACCCUGAGUCUCUGACACGACUUCUUGCCAUUUACUGCUAAAGAAGUGACAGAGAUGUCCAGAGUGCAGGUUUCAGGAGCUGCGAGGGGGAACUUCUCCCCUCAGCGCCCGCGCAGGAUCGUGCGUCGGAGUCUGUUCGGACCUGUGGAUCACGGCGAGCUGGACCGGGACAUCGAGGCGAAGCUGCGCGAGAUCUCCGGAAAGGAAGAACAAGCGUGGAAUUUUAACUUCGCCUCCGGGACGCCGCUGUUCGGAGAUUACGAGUGGGAGGGAGCGGCGGCGGAGGCUACGCCGGCGUUCUACCAGGAGUCGGUAAAAGCAGGGAAGAAGAGGCCUGAUGCUGUGCAGGUUCAGCCGCACACAGAGGCUCCGAACCGGAAUGCAAGAACCGAGGGCACGCGCACAGGACGGAAGGCAGGCUGCACUAAGACGAGGAAAGCACGCGCACGGGUUUCUACAUCCCCAUGCCGCAUUACAGAUUUUCUCGUCAAACGAAAGAAGCCAGGACCUGAGAGAGUGUCUCAGAAAGCCCUCAGCUCCCUCUCCUCUGAGGAAACGCCACGGACACGACUAUUUUUAAAUUUACCCCUUAGAGACCAGCACAUUUUACUGGAUUCCGUCUAUAUUCACGUGUCCAAAUUUUGGCUGGCUGUGACAUUAUUAGUGAGGAGACCAGACUUCGCAGGCUGUCACGGCACCAUCCGGCAUGAUGCAGAAGACAUCGCAGAACACACGGUGCCUUAG